GCCUCGCUGCUGGGCGCUGGUCAACGUGCUUCUCAUCGGCGCAUGCGCAAUUAGGACGGGCCUGUGCUGGGAGGCUGAGCCUGCCUUGUCGCCGCCGAGGAAAAAGUGGGAGCAAGGCAGGGGCCAAAAUGAGUUUGUUUGGGUCAACAUCAGGAUUCGGAACUGGUGGCACCAGCAUGUUUGGCAGCACAGCUACAGAUAACCACAAUCCAAUGAAGGAUAUUGAAGUUACAUCACCACCUGAUGAUAGCAUUGGUUGUUUGGCUUUCAGUCCCCCAACAUUGCCGGGUAAUUUCCUUAUUGCAGGAUCAUGGGCAAAUGAUGUACGAUGUUGGGAGGUCCAGGAUAAUGGGCAGACUAUUCCGAAAGCACAACAGAUGCACACAGGACCUGUGCUAGAUGUUUGCUGGAGUGAUGAUGGAAGUAAAGUGUUCACAGCAUCUUGUGAUAAAACUGCCAAGAUGUGGGAUCUUAACAGUAACCAGGCAAUACAAAUUGCACAGCAUGAAGCUCCUGUAAAGACUGUCCAUUGGAUUAAAGCACCCAAUUACAGCUGUGUAAUGACUGGGAGCUGGGAUAAAACUUUAAAAUUUUGGGAUACACGAUCACCGACUCCAAUGAUGACUUUGCAGUUACCUGAACGGUGCUACUGUGCUGAUGUAGUAUAUCCCAUGGCUGUUGUGGCUACUGCAGAGAGAGGCUUGAUAGUUUAUCAGUUAGAGAAUCAGCCUUCUGAAUUUAGAAGAAUAGACUCUCCACUUAAACAUCAGCAUCGAUGUGUGGCUAUUUUUAAAGACAAAGUGAACAAACCAACAGGAUUUGCCCUUGGAAGCAUUGAAGGACGAGUAGCCAUUCAUUACAUUAACCCACCAAAUCCUGCCAAAGACAACUUCACCUUCAAAUGUCAUCGAUCCAAUGGCACAAACACAUCUGCACCUCAGGAUAUAUAUGCUGUAAAUGGAAUCGCCUUUCAUCCAGCCCAUGGUACUCUUGCAACUGUAGGCUCUGAUGGUAGAUUCAGCUUUUGGGAUAAAGAUGCACGGACAAAGCUAAAAACAUCAGAACAAUUGGACCAGCCAAUAUCUGCUUGUUGCUUCAACCAUAAUGGCAACAUAUUUGCAUAUGCCUCCAGUUAUGAUUGGUCAAAGGGGCAUGAGUUCUAUAACCCACAAAAGAAAAACUAUAUUUUUUUGAGAAAUGCUGCUGAAGAAUUAAAACCAAGAAAUAAGAAGUAUUAAAUCUUAUGGAUGUCAAUAAGAGUCUAGCAGGUAACAACUGUGUGUGUGUGCGUGUGAUCUGUGCAGAGCAAAUAUUCCCUGGCUUCAUUAGAGCUAUUGCCUGCUUAUCUGUGUAGUGAAUCCAGCAAAAUACUGUACUUACUUCCCUUUUUAGCAAGUAUUGUUGUAACCUAAAGUGUAGUAAAACAAAAAGGUAUUCUGUGAUACAGGCACUUUGGGUGAAGUUUGAAGAGCAAAAUUUACCCAAUUUUUCUUACAGCCACUCAGAAGGCUUGCAGUAUAUUUGUGUUUAUGUACUUGUAAGUGUAAUGUGCAUUUAAUACAUUAGGCAUAUUCGGUGUGGUGGGUGCUAUUUUUUUCCCAGGAACUACUCAUGCAAUAGUAUUCAGAUAUGUCUGAAGCAUUCACUUUUUACUUGCCACGCCCAAGCUGAGAGAAUUUCUUCAGGACUACUCUCGCAAGUCUGUAACAACAUGGGAACUUCAACCUAAUCAAAAUGUUUGUUUGUUUUUUGCCACCUUAAUUUUGCAACAUCUUUGAGAUCAAAGUUGAGUAUCAUGUAGGAGAAUUGAAGUGAUAAACUGGGUUAUUCCAGUACUUUGUAUAAGGUGCAGAUUGCUAUUUGAAUACAACAUGAUAUAUUUCUUAUUUGUUGAUCUGGAUAAAUAUGACCUAUAUAUUCUUCUUACCUGCAGAUACGCUAUGUAGUUUUAGAAAGACAUGUUGAUUUGUGGAUAGGCUACACAGAUUGGGAGUGGGAAGUACUGUUUGACAGUUAUACCUAUAGAUCCAUCACUGUCAUUAGACACUCAAGCAGCCUCUGUAAUUUGAAGCAUAUUUUGUAAACUUCAGCUGAUGCACCGGUUGCAACUGUACUUUGGUAGAGAUAGCUUAGCCACAGCUAGCCUUCUGGGAACUUCCCAUUGAGACUAAAACAAUGCCAUCUAUGUGAGGUUGCCUUUAAUAAUUGGGUCCUAAGUUGAGCUGCAGGAUAUUAAUUGAGAUUGAGCCUUUCAACCAUCUUAAGACAGCUGUUUCAACUGCACAGGAUGCCAGUCUAUUUCAAAGCCCAAUUCAAACUUCUAAAACUCUCAGUGGCAUUAGCUGAAAAAUUAAAUUUUUCCAAAUAACCUUACCUAGUCCUUAAAACCCUCCUGAAGCUCAAAUUGUGUCCACCGGUUGAAGUGAGGGAGAUAGCUUUGAGGGAGAGGGCUUUUUUGGCCACAGAGCAUCCUCCACAGAAAUUUUUGUUGGUGCCAUCUUUAUUAUUUCUUUUGAUACUAGAUGAAGACUGUUUAUUCAGCCAGUUUUUUAAAAACUUGUGUUUGCUUGAUUGUUGUUCACAAUCUGGUUUCUUAAUUUAUGAUUCAUCUUUUCAUUGCUAUCUGCACUAUUAAUUGCUUUGUCUCCUUCGGUCUUGGAAAGAACAUAUUGUAUUUUAAUAAUGUAUUUCAUUUUAUUAAAGUUCUGUAAUCCUUCAAACAACGUACAUAAUUGAGUGGCCACACAAAUACAGUAAAACAUGCAAACCAAAACAUGUGAAGAGAAAAUUGUGACGAUCAAUUUGAAAUUAUGUUGAGUUGAUUACUUUUUUGUACACAAUGUUGCUAGGUAAUUUUGACAUUUGUUGAUGUGGUUUUUUGAAGAAAAAGAAAUGUGAGGAAGAAGAUGGGAACUAUUAUAAAACUCAUUAUCCUGUUGUAAUGGAUGUGACUAAACUUAAGAGUGCCUCAGGUUAAAUCAAAGCUUGAUAAUUUAAAUCACCAAUGAAAUUCAAGUCAAGGUUUCCUGUUUCCACUUCAGAUAUUUUGUUUCCAAAUGUACAAAUGUAUUUACAAACACUUUUGAUUACUACUACUGCCAUUACUAAACAUUUGGUUUAUAAGUAAACAGAGCUUUUCUGUCAGUUAGGGUCUAAUGACUGUAUGCCUGUCAACUUAUUAGAAGGUAUAUGUAUUUUUAAUUUGUAAAUCCAUACCUUCAUUAGUAAAUGUUGUACAGUUUAUUGCUUAUAUAUACUAAAUAAUUUGCUUAUGAUUUCUGAUAAGUUCUGUUCAAAUUAUUAACUAGAAGUUAAUUAAACAUGCAAACAGUAUACCGACUGUAUUUUGUCUUGCUGUAUUUUGCAUUUCUGUUUGCGUCUUUCUGUACACAUACAAGAAUUAUGUGCAGAAGAUCAAAUAUUAGAAUGUCCAGAAAGAAAAGCUAGUAGUUACUUGUGGGUGAGAACUUCAGGUAGUUAUAAAUGGCCUUAACGUGAGAACAAGAUCUUAGGUUGCAGAGGGCAUAAAAUGGGCAUGUAGGUGAUAAAGCAUGGACUCUUGGAGUUAGUGACUGGAACACAGGACUUGUAAUGAGUAAAUUACCCCAUUAUCAAAUUCAUAAUAAUAUAGUGCUUUAUCUGUUUUGCUGUAUUUAUAAACUUUGAUAUUAUAAAGCUUGGAGAAAGAGGAUUUUUAUACUGAAUAAUUAAUGCUGUAGGUCUUUCUCAAUGAUGGAUUCAAUGUCAAGGAAGUAUAUGGAUGC